AUGUCUAGAUUCUCCGUAGGAGACCAGGCUGCGGCGUUCCGGGAUGUCGUCAGAACAGACACAACCACCAACAGGGUGAAGACCUUCAUCGUAGAAGGCGCCCCCAGACUGCCUCGUGCAACGAAGUACUAUUUACUAGACAAAGUUCCAAUCGUUCAAUGGCUUCCUCGGUACCACCCGUCUUGGCUCCUACAGGACUUCAUCGCUGGCUUGACCAUUGGUGUCAUGCUUAUUCCACAGGGCCUAGCAUAUGCAAAAAUCGCAACGAUUCCUAUUGAGAAUGGCCUGUACAGCGCCUGGGUACCAGCUGCCGUAAUGGUGAUCAUGGGAACUUCCAAAGACUUGUCUUCGGGUCCCACAUCGAUCCUCGGCCUACUCACCGCAGAGAUCGUGGAGAGCUAUUCGGAGGAGUAUAGUCCUGCAGCUAUUGCCAGCGCCGUUGCCUUCAUGGUCGGCAUAUACUCUCUGAUUCUGGGUGUCCUCGGUCUCGGCUUUCUACUUGACUACGUUUCGGUUCCUGUCCUCACUGGGUUCAUCUCUGCCACCGCAUUGACCAUUGGUUUCGGGCAGCUCGGUAGCCUUAUUGGUCUGAGCAACACCCCUUCCAUGAUUUUCGAUAUCAUCGGCGAUGCUCUGAAGCGACUUCCUCACUGGGAUGGUCCAACCUGCGGCAUUGGAGUCGGCAGCAUCCUCAUUCUUAUUGCUCUCGAGCAGCUGGGCAAAAAACUAGGCAACAAACACUUCGUGAUCAAAUACAUCUCAAGCAGUCGUGCUAUCAUUGUUCUCUUCGUCUUUACACUGAUCUCUUACCUCGUCAACAAAGAUCGGAGCAAGACACUCUGGGGUAUAGCCCAAGUUAGCACACAUGGCAUCGCCACUCCUAAGGCGCACGACUCAGCGCUGCUGACAAAAGCCGCGAGCCGGGCAUUCGCACCACUCAUCGCCUGUGCGCUAGAGCAUCUUGCAGUCGGAAAAGCAUUCGGGCGAAGGAACAGCUACACCAUCGAUCAGACCCAAGAACUCAACUAUCUGGGCGUGACCAACGUGAUCAACAGCUUCUUUGGCGCUAUGCCUGUUGGAGGGGCAAUGUCCAGAACAGCUGUCAACUCAGAGUGCCGGGUCAGAAGCCCUCUUAGCGGGUUGGUAACAGCUGCUUGGAUUGUAUUGACUAUCUACGUCUUCUCGCCCGCCUUGUAUUGGAUACCCAAAGCAACGCUAGCAGCUAUUAUCAUAAUGGCUGUCAUCAACCUGUUUGGACCGGUGUCGCUUUUCUAUCGCUAUUGGCGCAUGUCCAUGGCCGAUUUCGUGGCAUCGAUGCUCUCAUUCUGGAUCACAAUCUUCGUAUCGGCCGAGAUUGGUAUCGGGGUCGGCGUCGCCUGGAGCAUUGUGUGGUCGUUACUGCGAUCAGCCUUUGUAAAGCCAGACGUCGAGAUCAGCAGGGAAGAUACGGAGACUUCUGCAUCGCUGUUUAAUAAUGGAUUCAACACAACAUGCGACGGUCCCCUAGAUGUCAGUAUCCCCAAAGACAUGGCCGUAGUCCGCUUUACGGACUCUAUCUUCUUCCCCAAUGCCCACCGCAGCAAGUCUAGCACAACAGAGGCUAUACAGCUUGUGUACGAUAAGAUCCCCGACGCGGCAGUUCGCCGCUCACGGGAGCGAUCCUGGAGUGUCGCGGCUGAGAAGCGUGUUGAGCGUAUCCGCAAGGACCGCAACAUUAUACUCCGAGAUGUGCCGCUUUCCGUGGUCAUCUUUGAUUUCACCAUGGUGUCGUGGAUUGACACCACGGGCAUCCUAGCGCUCGGGGAACUGAAAGCGGAUAUCCGUCUGCACUGCGGCAGGGAAGUGCAGUUUCGCUUCGUGGGCAUGAAUAAGCAUGUCCGCAAGCGCUUUGCCCGUGCACUGUGGCAGUUUACCGAGUCAGGCGAGAUGCACAAGGAAGGCGUUGACACAAUCUACCUGUCCCUUGAGAGGGCCAUUACGGACCGAGAGAGGCUUGGCAGCGUUCUGGAGGCCGUGAUUGCUGAGAAAUCCGCGGAUUAA